CUUUUUUCUCUGAAAUUCGUGGAAGCCAUUUUAUUAGCACCCACAGAAAUUUUUAUAGUAAUUAUUUAAUUAUUUAUUAAUUUCUGAGCUCAAAAUGAGUAGUAAUAGAAACGAUUGUCGAAUUUAUGUAGGAAACCUUCCACCUGAUAUAAGAACGAAGGAUAUCCAAGAUCUGUUCUAUAAAUUCGGUAAAGUUAGCUUUGUUGAUUUAAAAAACAGGAGAGGUCCUCCCUUUGCUUUCGUUGAAUUUGAAGACCCAAGAGACGCAGACGACGCUGUUCAUGCCAGAGAUGGAUAUGACUAUGACGGUUACAGACUCAGGGUAGAAUUCCCAAGAGGUGGCGGACAUGGAGGUUUUCGAGGGGGAAGAGGAGGUGGAGGAGAUCGUGGGAGGAAUUCCAGAGGUCCUCCAGCUAGAAGAUCUCAAUUUCGUGUUCUCGUCACUGGCCUUCCGCCAUCUGGAUCUUGGCAGGACUUGAAGGAUCAUAUGAGAGAGGCAGGUGAUGUGUGCUUCGCAGAUUCGUUCAAAGAUGGAUCAGGUGUUGUCGAGUUCUUGAGAUACGAGGAUAUGAAAUAUGCAAUUAAAAAAUUAGAUGAUUCAAGAUUCAGAUCACAUGAGGGUGAGGUUUCAUACAUAAGGGUAAAAGAAGACAAGGGUGGAAGUGAGAGGAGAUCUGGUGCAAGGUCACGUAGCCGUUCUUAUUCACCAAAACGGCGUGGAUCCCCAACAUAUUCACCAGUGAAACGUAGCUACUCAAGAAGCAGGUCUCGUUCAUGAAUGAAAUUAUUUCAUUUAGUAUUUACACCAGGAUUUUAUCAGAUUGCUGUGUAUGUAUUUUUAUGUUACAUGUGUGAAAAAAUAAGUUAUGUCAAUGAAAUUGUUUCUACAUUAGAAUUGCCAAAAUCUUUUUGAUUUCGAUUGUCUUCUGACACAUUCCAUGUAUCAAAUUAUUUUUUUUUCGAUUAUAUAACUAAUGAAUUUUUUCUGCCAUUAUGAGAAUCGGAAAAGGAGGAUGGUCAUAAAAUAGGACACAUAAUAAAUAUCACUGAAAAUAA